CAAUCAGGAAAAAAUUUCAAGAUGAUAGACGAAGAUGGGUGCAAUUAUCCAUGAAAAAGACUCAUUUGAAGGGCAUCCUUUUACUAGAAAUGACCCUUCGGUAGUUUAUCUUACAUUUGGCUAUAUUUUAACAUGUCUAACGAGCAAACCCGUCGUAAUACACGCGGCUUAUCUGGCGUAACAGUUCGGCCUCAACCUGUGAGUGAUAAAUCGUAUGUCGAAAGUGUCGUCGAUUUUCUUCAUGAAGUUGUACCACAGGCAGUUGCUGGUAACCAUAGAACUGAAGAAUAUGACCAUAUCAUUUGGGUCAAAUUGGAAAAACUUGAUAUAGAUAUUGGAUCAAGGCAAAAUGAAUGCAAUAGUUUACUUUUUGUCAUUCUUGGCUAUAGUAAUGGUUAUCAAAUUUGGCAUGUCAAGUCUAAUGGUGAGGCAGAAGAGGUAGUGUCAAUACGUCAGGGGCCGGUAAAAGUUGCAAGAAUUUUGCAAACACCUUCGCAUAGUAUGUCAAACAGAAAUUAUGACAUAGAGAGUGCAAUCUUUCAUAAUAAGCGACCUCUGGUGGCUGUCUGUGAUGCAGCCAGCAGUCCUUGUCCUUAUUCAACUGUAAAAAUGUGGUCUUUGGCAACAGGAGAGGAAGUGAAGACAAUUGAUUUUAAAACUGAAGUUUAUGACAUCCAAUCUAACAAACGGGUUGUUGUUGUUUGUUUGCAAGAAAAGAUAGCUGUCUUAGAUGCAUCUACAUUAACAAAGAAGUUUGGUGUUACAAAUUGUUUUCCAGCUUCUGAACCAAAUGUUAAUCCUGUAUCUCUUAGCUCGCGCUGGCUAGCGUUCGCUGAUCGCAAGCUGUUACCCAUCCACCAAUCAAGAGGAGGUGUUUCAUCUGAUAAACAACAUUCGUAUACAUCUGCCGUUUUCAAUGCAGCGAAGACGCUUUCAAAAGGAUUAUCAAUGGUUGGAGAGACAGUUGGUCGUUGGGCGGGCUCAAACGUGUCUGACAACCAGGGUGAACAGCAACCAUUGAAUAACACCGCACAUAAAUCCAUUGUACCUGGCAUUGUAACAAUCAUUGAUAUCGAAGGUCAUGACGAGAACGAGAAGGAAGAUCAGCUGAGAGAAAGAGCUAUGGCACAUUUUCCUGCCCACACGGGACAGCCUAUCGCUUCGCUGGCGUUUGAUCCGAGCGGAUCUCUGCUAUUCUCCGCGGAUACAUUUGGUCAGAAUUUCCACAUCUUUCGCAUCCUACCUCACCCCAUGUGUCCGUCGCUUGGUUCAGUUCAUCAUUUGUACAUUCUUCAUCGUGGUGAAACCAUGGCUACGGUAUGCAACGUGUCAUUCAGUAACGAUGCUCGCUGGGUUGCUGUGACAACGCAAAGAGGAACAUCUCAUGUCUUUCCAAUCACGUCUUACGGAGGUGCGGUAAGCUUACGUACACAUAAUUCAAGCCGCGUCGUCAACCGUAGCAGUCGAUUUCAUACAAGUGCUGGCCUGGAAGAUCUCAAACGUAUCGCGUGUGGCAAUCCGACGGUCCUCAUUCAACCAGGCUCACCAAGUAAUAGUCCUACAGGACCAUUAACCACUGCUAAAGACUGUCUUUUGGUUGGGAAGAAUGGUCUGGUGAACCCUCGUAUGCCUCCAUUGCCUCACCCCGAUGUUCUAAUACCUUACAUUCAAGUCAAACUGGGUGCUUCUUCACGAGGAAACACAGCAGGUAAUAGUGCUUGCAAUUCACCUACUAGCAUCGGCCGAGCGAAUGGCUUCUUCUCAACAGAACCUCUGGGUGGAGCUACGAUGUUCGCUUCAUCCAGAGCCUGGAUUGCGGGGAACACAAAUCCGCCCAGCACCAGAAUAGAUACCUCCCGUCAGUCAGCGGUACAUCCUCUUUUUGUCGUCAGUAACUACGGAAAUCUGGUAGAAUUUAAUAUUGAAAUACAGCCGUUGAAAAACAGUCCACAAAGUGAGGAUAUGCCAUUUCAAGCUUUGGCCGAAGGAAAAGGAAGAUGGCUCUUUUGCAGACAUGCGACAAUGCCAGAGAGUAAAGGUCUGCUUUCCCAGGAUGAGAUUUCUUGCAAAAACAUGUCACAAAUGAACAAGCCAAAGGGAGUAUCUGACGGCAGUCUAAAAGAAAAGAAUGUCGAAAGCUCUCGCAGCAGUGAGAACCGUGCAGAUGAUAACUGGCUUGCAAACAUCGAGAUUGAGACGCACGCACCUCCCCACAGGCGCCUUUGGAUGGGCCCGCAAUUUGCCUUCAAGACCUUCCAGCCCCCGGGCACCUCCUUAACAAGCGGCAGCCCGCCUGAAUCAGGCAGUGCCACCAUCAAAGCUCACAGACAAGAUGAAGACACUCUUGACUUAUUGACUGAGGAACUGGACCUUCAAUCCCUGAGGAUUCAACCGGUCCGUUCUGACCCCCUACCAACACCCAAAUCCCGAUACGUUCUCGCCAGUAGUCGGGUCCCCUACGGAGAGAAUACGAUGAUCGUCGAUAAUGGACCCGAGAGCUUGACGGACAUUUACGCGUCAUGGCCGGAAGACGUAGGAGAACUAUCGCCAGAGAAUGGGAAGCUGAUUGAAAGUAUUGCGGAUGCUAUGAACGACACACCCCAAAGAUCAUCCGAGUCUGAUAACGAUGACGUAUCUAUAUUCCCAACAAACUCGCCCCAGGUUAGUCCAGUGAACUCGUCUUCCAGCUUGUCACCAGAGUGGAGCUGACUGGGUAGUCUUAGUGGGGGGAAUGGGAUUUUGCAUGUCAUAUAUUACAGUAAUACAAUAGCCUCGUUUCCAUUUGUUACAUAUCAUCUUCAUGGUAGAUUAUCAUUGUCCUAGGGCUUGUUUUUACCGUGAAAAAAUCAGCUAAUAGUUUGUCUUUAACAUCACUUUAACAUCCACAAGCUACACUGGCAUAUUUUAAAAAUAUGCAUUUACACUUGUCUUUCACAACUGUCACCUUUUGUGUUCAUAAUUUUAGCUUGAAUUCAAGCAUGCCUUGUUUAUCACUAAUCCAGAGUUUUUAUAAGGCUAAUGUAACCAAAAUGCACGUCUGUAGUGAAUAUAUUAGAGUUUUGUGUACAAUGAAUGUAAAAAUAUGAAAAUGUUUAUAAAAAUCUGUAUAUGUAUGUAUA